ACUUCCUCUCCAAACCGCGCCUGGGACGGGGGCUGGCAGUCUACAGCCCCGAAAGAAAACACAAUGUAAAAGUAUAAAAAGAACACACAACGCAAACUGUAGAUUUUUCUAAGUAUUCGUUCUAUGACUUCCGUCAGUCAACGCAUCGUAACAACGCUUGCUGUUUGGAAGAGAGCGAAUGGCCAGUGAAGGCACAGAGUAAUCCCGUGAAAGGUGGACUCCAAUCAAGUUGUAGUAACAUCUCAAGGAUGAUCAAUGGAAACAGGAUGUACUUGAGCUCAGUUUUGAGUCUCAUAGCAAAGGGUCUGAAGACUUAUAUAAAUAAGCAGACAGAUACCAUGCAGAUGAGUGAUGGCCCCAGUCGCGUCCCCGUCUUUGUGGCCCCGCCCAACGGUAACCUCCGGUCGCCAGGAUGCGUCUCCGGCAGGGUCAUACCUGUCCGCUCCCCACCUCCGGCCAAGGCCCCACCCCCUCCCCCUCUGAAGCCCAUUGGCCCGCCUCCUGAGUGCCGGGCAACCUUUAACCUAUCAGAGGAGGGGCAGCACCGGGAGCGUGCUCAGGUUCUGAGGAAGAACACCUUCAUCUGCUUUAGUGUCUCCCUGGGGGCCUUUUUCCUCUUGCUCAUCCUCAUCCUCAGCCUCACCAGUGGAGACGUGUUGGAUGAGAACUGUCCAGACCACAGCCCCUCCCUGAGCAGCUGGAACCCAGGUCACAACCCAGAGAAGGCCAUGGUCGUCCGAGGGGGAGAUCUGUUUCGUUUGGACUCUUCUGCUACCUUCUACUCCCUAACCAUCCAAUCAGGAGGCCGAGUGGUCUUUGCAGACAAUACUGAGGGCUCCAAAAACAUCACUCUCAGAACACGUAAUGUGCUGAUAGAAGACGGGGGUUCGCUGCACAUCGGUGCCCCCAAAUGCCGCUACCGCUCUCGGGCCACCAUCACCCUCCUGGGCCGUUCAGACGAGAAGGCCGUAGCAGAAGUACCGGAACUGGGCCGGAAGUUCAUUGGGGUGCGUGGAGGCGCAACCCUGGAGCUUCACGGGACAGAGAGGCUGUCGUGGACCCUCCUGACCCGCAGCAUCCCAUCCUCAGGCCUAGCCACGGGGGGCUAUGCCUUUCAGCGCAACUUUAGCCGUGGCAUCAACCUGCGUGUGGUGGACCAGGACACGGCCGCUGUUCUGUUCACCGAGCGCUACGACACAUAUGACUCACGGAACGACAGCCGGCGGCUUAUGCAUCUUCUUCAGUCGCUGCCUGCGGGGCGCAUCGUCACGCUGGCCGUGGGAGACUCUGCCACCAAGAACCUGCUGGACGAGACCAAGAGAACCAUCCAGAGCCUGCUGGGUAGUACCUACGUCCAUCACCUCAAAUACAGGCAGGCCUGGGCACUGGUAUCUGUAAUUGGUGGAGGGAACGGCUCGUGUUCCGAGGACGUGCGGGAACAUGAGAACCAUGACACGGGAGGAAAGGCGCUGGCCCGGAAGAACUUCAGCACUGUGGACGGGGUCGGCUUCUCUGUCACCGCGUACAGCGAAUGGAGGAACGGUUAUCCCAUAUCUGGGUUCCAGGUGGAUGCUGUGGACCAGGUAGUCCUCAACCUUCAGGAUGAUGUACACACCUGGCAACCUGGGAACCAUGUUGUGGUUGCCAGUACUGACUAUUCCAUGCAUCAGGCAGAGGAGUUCACACUUCUUCCCUGCCCCCACUGCACCAGCAGACAGGUCAGAGUUCAAGGGAGGCCCCAGUUUGGUCACAUGGGGGAGAUUGUGGACGGGAUGGACAUGCGAGCGGAGGUGGCACUGCUCAGCAGGAACAUACUCAUCUAUGGGGAGAUGGAAAACACCUGCUAUGGAAACAACUGGUGCCAGUUCUUUGGCCACGACACAUACGGCGGACACAUCAAGAUAUUUGGGAACUUCACUUCGGUGCACCUGUCCCACGUGGAGCUGAGGAACAUGGGGCAGCAGGAGCAGGGCCGCUACCCGGUCCACUUCCACCGCUGUGGGGAUGUUGACUGGCGAGGGGGCUACCGGGAACCAGCCUACGUGGACGGCCUCUCCAUCCACCACUCCUUCUCCCGCUGCAUCACCAUCCACGCCACCAAUGGCCUGCUGGUGAAGGACACUGUAGGCUAUGACACCCUGGGUCACUGUUUCUUCCUGGAGGACGGGAUGGAGCAGAGGAACACGUUCUUCCACAACCUGGGUUUGGUGACCCGACCAGGAACACUCCUGCCCACCGACCGCAACGAGACCAUGUGCACCAGCAUCCGAGACAAAGUGUAUAAGAACUAUACACCUUCGCCGAGCAUGGAGUGCAAGGCAGUGUCUACGUUCUGGAUCGCCAAUCCCAAUAAUAACCUCAUAAGCAACGCUGCUGCUGGCUCCCAGGAUGCUGGGAUAUGGUAUGUGUUCCACAGCUCAUCCACAGGGGACUCCCAUGGGCUGUUUCCAGAGACCCGGGCAGAACUGACCCCUCUGGGGAUCUUCUACAACAACCGUGUGCACUCCAACUUUAAGGCUGGGCUCUUCAUUGAUAAAGGUGUGAAGACCACCAAUGCCAGUGCUGCAGACCCCCGGGAGUACCUGUGUCUGGACAACAACGCCAGGUUCCGUCCACAUGAGAAUGCAGACCCAAACCGUCCCAGGGUGGCUGCUCUCAUCGACACACUCAUCGCCUUUAAGAACAAUGACCUCGGAGCCUGGAUACGAGGCGGUGACAUUACCAUUCAGAACUCUGGAUUUGCAGACAAUGGGGUGGGACUCUCCUUUGCGAGUGACGGUAGUUAUCCCAAGGACGAGGGUUCCAGUCAGGAAGUGACUCAGUCUCUGUUUGUGGGAGAGAGCCGGAACCGUGGCUUCAACGGAGGCCAGAACAAGUACUGGGGCCAGGGAGGAGCAGACGGCAAGAUGAGGACACUACCCAGGAACAGGACGUUCCCGAUCCGCGGCUUCCAGAUCUAUGACGGUCCUGUGCGGAUCACUCAGAGCACAUUCCGAAAUUACAUCCCGACAAAGGAACGUUUCACCAGCGCGGUGGGCUUCAACCUAAAGAACACCUGGCAGCUCACACCACGCAACAACCUGUCCAAGCUCAGCUUCCAGCCCACUGUGGGUCUGAGGGCAUUCUUCGGGCGUCCGGGCCAGUGGUUCGAUGAGAAUGAUCUGGACGGGGAUAAGAACUCCAUCUUCCAUGACGUGGACGGCUCUGUGACGGGCUACAGGGACACGUAUGUAGGCAGAGCAGACAACUACCUGAUCCGUCACCCCGGCUGUGUCAACAUCACCCAGUGGAACGGAGUGGUCUGCAGUGGCACCUACUCUCAGGUGUAUAUCCAGACUCAGGGAGCUUCCAGCCUCAGUCUGUCCAUCAGUAGAGAUGACUACCCUGAGGCUCCUCUGGUGCUGAGGGGUAUUAACAGCCAAGGGGCGCUGUCUCAGCAGUACCAGCCUAUCCUCAUGAUGAGCAAGAGCUACACCCUGCAUUGGAACGGUCCGGCUCCCAGAGAGAUUGUCCUUUCCCUCAUUAACUUCAACCAAGGUGACUGGGUGCUGGUGGGUCUCUGCUACCCGUCCGACACCACCUUCCAGGUCAUGGCUGACAUCAACGACCGCCAGAGUAACAUCUUCGAUGACAUCAGCGACUAUGGGCCUGUGUUCUCCCUCGCUGAACUGGAGAAGAGGCUGCUGGAGAGGAAGUAUUUCUUUGACCGCAGUGUGGGCUUGCUGUGGCUGUAUUUGCGGGCGAGGCAGGGGCGCAAUGGCCACAGUUACUGCUCGGUUAAGGGUUGCGAGAGAGUGAAGGUGAUGGCCACCACGUCGUCCUCCAAACUGACUUGUAACUGCACGGCCAAGGCCUACCCCAAAUACACCAAGACUCCCUCGGCAGUGGUCCCCAUGCCCACCCUCAGCAACCAACCAUGCAAGGACUGUGGGGCCUCCCAGCUGGUGUUUUCCAGUGACCCGUGGAACUCCUACCUCCAAACUCAGAUCAAAUCGCUCAGCAGCAAGGAGCAGCAGACUGGAGACACACAAUCCUUUAUCACUGUGAACAGUGAGACAUUCUCCUUCACAGAGCCAGGCCUCUUCCUGGUCUCUGUUGAUGCCUGCUCUGGAAAAGUCACAAAUAAGAGAUUUUUCUCCAAAAUGGACUCCAAAAUGGAGGAGUAUCUUAAAACUGGAUUACCAAAGAGGUCAAUAGUGCUUCUGGGAACGCGAGGGCAGCCCGAUGGCUUGGUCAGUGUUGCACGAUAUCUGGUCCCCCUGGGAAUGACUAAGGCAGCAGAUCUGCAGAGUAAAGAGAGCCUGGUGUUUUGGGGGUUCCAGGGUGGCUCUGCCCCCCCUCCGUGGGCCUCCAUCCUGGUUGGGCAGGGUGAGGAGGGGCUGGGGCUGCAGGAGCGCUACCUCCCCCUGGGCCUGGAGGCCUAUGGCUGCACACAGACCAGCACACGCAGAGACCUGGAGCUACUGAGGACCGCCACAGGACCACAAUGACAAAUGUAAACACAAUUUAACCAAAACACAACCAACCAGCGAAUGAAUGUGAACUGCUGAACUUUUAUUUAUUAUUUUAUUGGCAAAUAUGUUUAAUAAUUUGGGGGGUAAUUUACUGUGUGUGUGUGUGUGUGUGUGUGUGUGUGUGUGUGUGUGUGUGUGUGUGUGUGUGUGUGUGUGUGUGUGUGUGUGUGUGUGUUAUAUUUGACUGGGAAUCAAUGGGGAUGGACCCAUAAUGGAAUUAUAAGAGCAAAUUAACAAAGUAAGUAACCACAUCAAACUUGUGUGGUCUGACACUUGUAUCAGUUACCUGAUGGGUUGUAGGUUCAGGCCAGCGAUCGACCUGUCUGCUGCUCACCACGUCCAUAGAUGAAACACAUAAUUUAGAAGAAGACUGAAUUAGCAAAUCAAAGGAAAAACUGUCUGUUUCCUCACUUCUUUUUUUCUGCAGUUUUUGCAUGUCCCUGGAGGCAUUUUGUUCAGCAACUAGAUCUGUUAAGGGCAGCUGUAUCUUAAUGAAAACAUUUUGUAUUAGAUUCCGUUGAGAUUGUUGUAUUUCCAACAAACCUUUUUUCCCCAGGAUGUGUCCUUUUUUGUUCCAUAUUUAUUUGAUCUCUACACAGUGACACUUUCCCCUAGGGCUGGUUACGCAUGCAGCAGAGAUGGUUUGUUUCUCUUUUGCUUCUCAUUAUCUUACCAUUGAAACUGCAUUUCCAACUAAUUUACCUUUUAGUAUGGUCAUGUAUGUUGUUAAUUAAGUAUAAAUGCCAAAAGUAUGUGUUACGGGGGGACAUUUUACAAGGUAAAUCUGGCCUUGAAACAAACACAGACUAGUAGUCCAUAACAAAACCAUGGCUCACUGUACCUCUGUGGUCUCAGCAGGUGAUUUGAAAAGGGGCUCCCCCACUGUGCCGGCGAUUAGUGACUUUCUGUAUGUGAUUGGGUGCAUUCAUUUUAGCUCGCCCGGUGAAGAUUUCACUUUAAGAUCUAAGAAAUGGUCAAGAAUUUGCCAACUCUGCCUACCCAGUGCCCUGGACGAGUUAAAAUUAAUACAACCAUUGUGAGAGAGCCUCUGAAGAGAAGGACCUGCUUUUCAACCACUGUUCUGUUGUAAAUAAGAUGUUUUUUUGUUAUGCAAACGCUUUUAAGAUGCACACUCCAAAUUGAGCACUUUGAAUAGGGUUGAGUAUUGAGGGAUGUUGAGAAGCUGUCUGUAUACUGUGAGAGUGCCUUUCAAUUUGCUGUGAGUUGUAUUUGAAAUGUUAAAUCAAUAUACUCAUGAGAGUUUAUUUCUUUAAUCAAACCUUUAUAUUUGAAUUCUCACAUCCUCAGUGCUCUUCUGAAAUUGCAGAGAUGAUAACUUUGUGAUAAAGUGUCCUGUCAUCA